AUGGCGAAAAUCCUUUCCGUACACCCACUUGGGUGGGAGUCGAUGAAAGGCCACUGGUGGCAAUUUCUUUUGAUCGGAGUAUUACUGGCCUGUAUCACUAUCGGAGGUGUUCACAUUUUAUGGUCUGCGGUGAAGAGGAUAAUCAAAAUUUACAAGAAAUGGGCACAAUCUGACAAAGUUCCCGCCAAUGUGGCCCAGCGCCUUGAUCAAUUGGCUCGUCGAGAGCUUAAUUUGGGCAACACCUGUCUGAAGAAGCAAAAGCCGCAGUCAUUCGGCGUUUACCUUGGAAGCUUCGAAAAGGGGCAAGCAUCACAGGAGCGCAUAUUGAAGCAAUGGGAUCUUCUGAUCGUAGAUCCGUUCCAAAAUGGCGUGGCCGAGAACAUCCGGCACUCGCCGUGUCAGAUCCUGGGAAGGAUCGACCUUGCGCGCGUUGUCCCACGAAAGCAGACGACAUUGUCAAUUAUCGAGACACUUGAGACGAUGCUCGCCAACAACUUUAACCACACCGCAUUCUCCGGCAUUCUUUUCGCUAAUUGGGAAGAUCUGAGUACGCCAUCAAUCCAAGCAAAGCUUUUCGAAGCGAUCAGCGGCCUGGGCUUGGUGGUCUAUCUAGAGACUGGAUCACCGGGUUUUUUAAAAAACAGAAAAUCCCUGCAAAACCGUGCUGUUUCGGGAUUGGUGAUUCGCAAUGCCAGUAUCAUGCCCACGGGCAAGAAACGCGACUAUUUCCAGAUGACCAACAUGCAACCGACCAUCAAAGCCUUUGUCUCUGAGUCUUGUAUGAGAGACUUUGCCGUCUUGAUGUGGGAAACUGUUAAUGAUGAUGCGGCUUUGGCGAAUGCGGUUGUUCGACGUUCUCUGUCGUGGUGCAACUUCUACAGUGCCAUCGCUUGGAUCGGCACCGAGGCUUCGUUGCGCAACGCCGACUUGAACAUCCAGACCCCUGAGCCCCUGCCGGCCUUUGGGUGGCUGAAGGAUGCAGAGGUUAUGAAGGCACAUGAUUUAUGGCGUUCUAAUCUUCAAAUUUCACGACAUUCUCCAGCCAAGACAGGAUGGAAUAAACUUCGGCCACUGGUCCCAACAGUCAACCGUCUCCUUGACUGCGAGGAAAGCGAGGAGAAGACCCCCGAUAGCCCCCCAAUUCGUCUCCGUGACCCUCCCGAGUGGGUUGCACAGGUGAAAUCUCAAGGAAAUCCUCUCUCGGUCUCCAUGUCUGGACAGCAUUACGGCCAUCUUGGUUGCUUCCCCCUGGGCUCGGACUCCACACCCAUGGCUUUCGCAGAGAUUCUUCAAUCCCAACAGCGCUUGAAGGAACUUUGCCUUCUUCACCCUGUUCCUUCAACGAAAAUUCACAGCAUUGGAAUUCUUUUCCGUCGUUUUCAAGAGGCUGCCCCUUGCCCGGAAAGCGAGGGCCAAGUCGCAGCCGCGAUCAAAGAGCUUGCCGAUUUGGCCACAAACGACGCAUUAACCGUGAAUCUUGCCCUUGAUUCCGGACUCAGAAAGGCCCCCAGCUCUCGAUUCUGGGCGGUGUACCAACUCGAAGACGAGAAUGUUGACAUCUUCGUGUCUAAGAAUGCCCAGGGCCUCGCCGGUACCAUCCUUCACACAUUUUUGUCUGCAAAGGGAUUCCCUCGCCAUGUUUCAUUUGAGGCAGAGACUGCACUUGCAGAGUGGUCUCAAGACCUGGCUCCUAACACUGGCCUUCCUCGCCGUGUUGUUCAGGAUAUCGAUGUUCUCGGACCGGAAGAGCGACUGCUUCUGCUGCAACACCUGACACUUACCGAUGUGGUAAGCGGCAUCAAUGACAAUAUUUGUGCCUACAUCCGCAAGCAGUUGGUUACUGCCCCCUCUUUUGCUCAACUGAAAGAGCUCAACACGGUCAACUACCUCAAUGGAUCUAUCACUGCCGAAGACUUGGUCAAAUCGCGUAUCAACUGGUAUAAAGAUCAGCAAUGCAGCCAUCCUUCACUCGAAGCAUCGCUCGAUCUCUUCCACCAGGUUGACAAGGUUUUCACUCAGGUACUAAAAGCCCAUCGGGAGAACGACCUUAUGAGCAUUACUAAGGGGCUUGGCGAGCUGAUGCAAGACAACAAUGUCGAUGCAUUCGUAGACAUGAUAGCACUCGCAGUAUUCUGCGCUGCAAGAAAGGGAGCUUUCGAUGAAAUAUACGAAGAGGUGACAGACCGGAAUCCUCUGUUCAACAACCACUUCGAUCAAGCCGCUGCUUUUGCCGAAUCCUUUGCGCUCGGUUCCCGAUGCGAAGCCUACUUUGAUGUCAAUCCUAGCGUAUUCGGCAAGCUUCUAUCCGAUCGUUUCAGAGCCUACUACACCAAGAAUCAGCCGCCGAGCUGGAUCAACGGUGCACCUGAAAUGGCAACAGCCUACGCUGGAGCCCAGAUUGAUUGCGACCCUGAAAACAAAGCGAAGCCCAUGCGUGGAUACCAGCGGUUUACGUUCUUGAGUGUUUUUGCCGUCCCGGCUCUUAUCGAUAUCCUUCUACUCACCUUCAUCGGACGUGGUCUGUAUCUCUCGGCAUACAUGACGUACGAAGAGCAAGACAGCGCUACGAUGGCACUCAUGAUCUCGCUCUUGCUCUCGGGCGGUAUCGGUACAUGGAUUGCAUACGGUGGAUCAUACUACCUCAUUUCCAUGGCAUUCGCUGCUGCCAAUAUGUUCGUGCUGAUCCGCCUCCUUGCCGGUAUUGCUUUCACCGUGGCCGGUGGCUUGAUAGGUCUCGUGGCCAUCUCUAGUGUCAGGAACCCGCGCGCGGGUAUAAUUUUUUACCUGUACCUGAUUGCAUUGACUAUCUAUUUCUCGGCCUUUGCCGCCCUUGCAAGCUUCAGCUACCCUGGGUCGACGUUCCUCUCGGGACGCAAGGGAAUCUUCGUGUGCAUUCCAAUUCUCUUUUUGUCACCAAUCAUUACAACGUUUGCUGGGAACGAUUCUGCCAUCUACCUGGCUGUGAUCUACGUGUUUAUUGGCGUGCUCCUACUUUCCCUUCGUUCGACUACCUCAAAAUGGGUGACUUGGUACCAGACCAUCCGGCGCACCGAUGAUACCGAGAUCCGCAAGUGGUACAUCUCCGCCUACGGCAACAAUGACGAAAAGGUCUUCGGUAAUCACAGUGAUCCGGCCGCCCUCAAGCUGGCCAGAGAGGCUAUGUUGAAUGAUGUUAUGGCCGAGAACUCCCGUAGUCUUUUUACCAAGUCCAACACCGACCAGCUAGUCAAGGAGCUUGCUCGCGACUGGGAGUCCACCAACUUCCUUUUGGAUUGGUACUGCCGAUAUGCCGAUGUUCCACGUCCAAUACCGUUCAGUUCGGGCUGGAACAUCCAGACUAAGGUUGCCCUGGACACCCUACGCAACUCACAAAAGGGCCUCAAGCUUCACAGCGCUUUCAUUCACUGGCGGCAAUCAAGCACGGAGAUCGGCUGUGGCAUUUUGUACUUUGUCAUUGCUCUUCUCGACAAGUGGGUUCAACUGCUAAGUGGCAAUCACUUAGUCGGUCUGACGGCAUCUUUGACGGAUCCAAACCGUAUGGCCGUCGGCUUUGCACUGGCCUAUUAUUUGAUCGGCGCCGUACUCAUCGACACGAAGGCCCAGGAACUGCAUGUCGCUAUCGGUGGCAAGAUAACUUCCGCUUUGAAGAAUCCCAACGAAAUUCGCACCUCGCAGAAGGGCGAUGUACAGUUCCGACGGAAGGUCUACUGGCGCACUCUCUUCAGGUUCCUUUUGUGGCAUGUCUGGAGUCUUGCUAUCUCUACGGCUCUCCUUUGGUCGUUCCAGGCAUCCAUGCGAGCUACGAUCAUGUUCUUUACUUAUGUGCUCUCCUAUACCGGUCUGAUCUGGUACCAGUACACCAAGAUCUUCCUAGGACCUCACGCGUUGAAGCCCCUUCUGGUCGGUGUCUGCGUGGGUCUGCCGGUUGGAAUUGCGCUCAAGGUCUGCCUUCCAAAUUUCAUAUACGCACAAGUAAUUGGACUUGGAUCUGCAACCUGGACUGUGGGUAUUUUGGCUUUCCUGAACUCCAAUAUGAGUAUGCCGCGCAAGAUUCAGUCACCAGUUGCACUGGGAAAGUCAUUCCAUGCCUUGGUCACUCCCUGGGCUGAUCCUGAAUGGUCGCAGCAAGAGCUGCAAAGUUUUUUCGAGAGUGUUUCGCUUCUCCCAGCCGACUAUCGCUUUGCUGUUAAACCUGCCGCCCAUCCCGGGUUGGAGAUCAAGAGCAUUCUGCUGUCACAACGACAAGAGCUUCGGAUUCAAGAAGCAUUCCCUAACUCGAAGGACAUUGUUGAGACUACCAUCUCUAGAUGGGAGAAAGGGGAUAUUACUCUUGAGCUUGUGCCUCAGGGUUCAUUAGGCCCUGGAAUCCGUGCUUUGAGCUGCACUACCGGAUCUCACCUCAAACUGGCUGUCAGCAUCCACGGUCUCCAUGAUGAAAGACUCGAUAUCAGCGCCAACUGCCAAAUCAUCGCUGAAAAUUUACUUCAUUCCGUUGCCGAGGUCAUCAUGGGCAUUCCCCAUGAGUACGCCGAGCUCGCCGAGGCAAUCGUGUCCGGAGGUGUUACUCACACCAUGGCACGUCAACUUCGCGAGGAAGCCAAUACACAACUUGUCGUAAGCUGGGCCAAGAAGGAGCUUCUCAAGCAACUCUGCCUUGGCUUCGAAGCUGAUAUGCACUGGGACAAGCUACCAGAGGACGUCCGAAAUGUGCUCCUCAAUCGUUGUCUUGGACAAUCUUGUGGCCUACCUGACUCUCAGCGACAGUGGCUCCAGCGGAGGCUUUGCCAAUUCGAUACCUAUGAUCUGGACACUCAUAUUGCACGGUGCAAUCUGGGAGCGGCCACAGCAACCAGCAUUCUUGACUACUCGCACUACGGAACUGGAGAGGCGGCUGUUCCCAGGGAACCGGAGACGGCUGAAUACAUAUCUUACAUACCCCGGAAGCUGCCUGUUCCUCUUUCUCUUGUCAGAUCGCCCUUGAACUACAUCUACCACAAAAUCGGAACGGCAGUAAAGUUUAUCGUCAUUGCUUUGGUCGCAGACCCAGAGUUCCAGAGGGAAUUUGACCACGUCGCAAAGUCCUUGCCAACAGUGAUUCGAGUACCAUCAAUCUUCCUGUUGAACAUGGUUUGGAUCUACGCAAAGUCAAUCCAGGAUCUGGGUCUAUCAUUUUUCCUCUUCCAUGGCCGCAAGAAUAUCAAGCGGCUGUGGGACGAUACCAAAGGAAUGUUGAUUCACGUCAAGAAGGACAGAGUCCUUAUCCAAAGCCUGGAUGGCACUUUCACAGCAUUCCGACACCAGGAGACCGGUGGUGGCUUCAAAGUGUACCAGUACACCGGUGAGCACAAGGUCGAGCCCAAGGACGCAAAGUCGCUUAAGUAUUUGAGCAACUAUUCAAGUGAAAUGCUGCUUCUCAUCAAACAGGAGUUUAAAGAUGGCAAGGUCAUCAACGAGUAUCACUAUGAUUACCGCAUGCCUGUCAAGAAGGGCUUGAAGAUCGUCAAGUCAUCAAACACUCGCAUCCCCCUGGGAAGACGUUGCGUGUCUGGCGAGAACUACCUUCAAACCGUCCAAUACAACCGGAAGGGUCUCAUCGAGAGAGGCUCGUACAUGAAGGAUGGUAGCCUUGUCCGCUUCCUCUACCACUACCGCAAGCACGCUCACUUCGACGACGAGCUGUUGCGCGCCGAGUUUUCCCUGUCGCACAUUACCUGUAAUGUUGCGUGGUGUGUUCCGCCCCGUCGUCAGGAGAAGAAGGACAAUCGAUGGAUUCCUCAUUCCAAGGUGACCAGCGCAACGUUUGUUCAAAGAGACAGUGGGGACGUCUACCAAAGUACCUGGCUGUACGACCACAAGUUCCAUCCCACCAUCUUCACCCUCCUUCAUGACAAGAAAGUACAGACCCCGCCCAUGAUCGAGCACGACUACCUGGGUGUCCUCGUCAAGCCGAAGUACACCAGUUUCGUCAAUGACAAUCCGUUUGUCCACUGCGACAGUCUCAGAUCGAACCUCUUCACUCGACUUCUAGGUUUGACGAAAAGACGAUUCACCGUAUCUACAUCCCGUGCCCGCUCAUUGAUGUGGAAGGCCUGGAAGGAUCGUGUUGAUAUCGACGGUAUCAUCGUUCGAUGGAUGGAUGAUCGAAUUCUCCGCAGAGACGCUGUACUUGCUCCUUACUGGCGCAGUCGCGACUGGGGUAGCCUCAAAUCGGCAAAGAAGUUCAUGGACCUCCAUGGAGAUGCAGUCAUGGCAAGUGCGGAUCUGGACGACAACGUCUCCAGUUGGACCCCGCUCGCUAUCAAGAUAAGUGAUCUCUUCACUUUUGGGCCUGGAGGUGACGCUAUUGUCACAACCCGCUCCAAAGAAUCCGGCUCUGACACAAAUGACAACCUCCAUGUCAUGGCUGCCGACACUGGUACCUGGCCCAACGAGGGCGGCGGUGUCUCUGCCUGUCGACGAGACAUGAUCAACUCGUUGCGCAGCAUCAAGUGGCACAUGAUCUGCGAGUCUGCUAAUGACUUUGGUAUUCCUAAGCAUCAAACCGAGAGGAAUAUUCAGUCCCUGAAGGUGAUCCCACUUUGGGGUUUGGACUUCCUCACACCGACUCACGGUCUGUUCGAGAAUAAGCUGGAUUCCCAGGUGGAGAAUGUCACCUCGGCCAGUGAAUUCGAUAUCAAGCUCAACUUCAUUCCAAUUCUCAGUGCGUUGGUGAAAGGAGCCCGUGCAAUCCGCCUCUCGAAAGCAGAUAUUCAUCAAGCUACUCGAGCAUUGGUCAACCUCAACACUUACUUUCAGGAUUCCCGGCACUGGACGCAAGUCUGGAACAGUGAACUGGUCAAGCAAACCUGGCGAGAACUUUGGCUAACCCAGGAAAUGCCCAACACCAUUCCCUCGUCGGAGUGGUUUGACACCGAACUUCCCACUAUGGCGUCUCUCGAAGUUGCCCUGGAACUGUGGUACCGCUACCUCUUUAUCUUCUCAAUCCCAGUUCCAGACAAGAUUCCUAGUGUUUUCCAGGCCUCCCACCACAGCGUUAGCGCAUCAUACGGUGUGGUCUGCAAGAUCAAGAGAAAAGCCACUCUGCAAAUCUGGGACCACGCAAUCAGCUGGCGUGAAACCAACCUCUGCCUGUCCUCAGCACUGUGCAAGCUUUCACCAUUCGUGCGGAACGCGCUGCUAGGCUUGAUGAGAAUCACCUCAGUCCUGACUCUGCACCAUGCUGACAUCAUUCUUCCUUGUGCUGAUUUCUUUAACCCAGGCUGGGAAGUGGAGAUUGGUACCUGCCAGGGCACAAUCGAGCACCGCAACACAUUCCGCCGCAAGGUCGAUCCCGUCGUCAACGGAAUCACAGACAUGCAGAAAUUUUCUCCGGUCAAGGAAAUCAAAUCAGAACGUCCUACAGUGACCAUGUUGUCGCACGUCUGGUAUGCCAAGGAUAUCAAGAUCGCACUUCUGGCUGCGGAUAUCAUCAUCAAUCAGUGGAAGUUUGAUGACUACCACCUUGAUAUCUACGGCGCCAUUGACAAAGCCCCGACCUACUCUACCGAGUGCCAGGAGAUCAUCGCCUCCAAGGGUCUUCGCGACCGAGUCACACUGCGUGGAACCGCCGACCCUUUGAAGGUUCUGGAAAACACCUGGCUCUUCUUGAACUCCUCCCUGUCAGAAGGUCUGCCCUUGGCUCUGGGUGAAGCCGCUCUCACCGGUGCACCAGUAGUCUGCACAGACGUCGGCGCCUCGCUUCGUGUGCUUAGCGACCCGGACGACUUCUCACGCUUCAGCGCAGUCGUCGCACCAAAUGACGCCCAGGCACUAGCCAAAGCCCAGAUCUCCAUGCUCGCAAUGCUUGGUGAAUGGGACCAGUACAGCGACGACAAUUCUCCAGUCCCAGUUCUCACAUCCUCGCCGACACCCGAAGAGGUGACCGCCAUCACACGUCGCAUGUACACGCAGAGGGAGCAACGCCGGAAACUAGGCAUGCGAACCCGACAGAUCGUGCAGAAGUCAUUCAGCGGAGAUCGAUACCUCCGCGAGCACGAGCAGAUGCUCUGGAUUGGCAAGGCUGCCAAGCUUAUGGCUAGCCGAGCCUCAGGGGACAUCCUCGAACCUACGGACAUCGCAACAGCCAUUGAACAAACAGCCGUGGAUGAAGAAGUCAUUACGAUCCCACCCAGUGCAGUGCAAUCAUGGCGCUCAUCUGCUGCUUCCGGGAUAUCGGGAAUGUCAACCCUCUACAGCUCAGUCUCAAACUACCCACUUCAGGGAACUCGCAACAGACCCAACUCCAGCAUCUCAGCUCUCAGUCUGAGCAAUGUUUCCACUGAUACUGAAUCCUUUGCUCGUCUGCCCGUGUUUGCACCCCGUCGCUCGGCCCUCUCAGGGAGUACGCCGGGUAGCAGGUCCCCUAAUGCAUUUGGAUUACCCUCGCCGCAUAUGCUGCGUACUGAUUCCCCUGGCCCGCUCUGGAACCACCCAUCCGCGCGGUCGAUCUCGACGAUUGGACGGGAGCAGGUGCGUGGUCUGCAUCGCGAGGAUCUGAUGCAGUAUCGCAGCUCUGACGUUAGUACCAUUAUGAGGGAGGACUUCCUACGGUCUGUUCCGUCAGCACAGCCAAACUCCAACGAAGACCAGUACGACUUGGGAAUAACGGACAUUGCCGCAGCACUUACGAUGUCUGAAUCAGCUCAAGACCAUGGAGACGACGGGCUUCCUCACGAUUCAGACGACGAGCCCAUGGUUCACAAGACGCCCCGGGACUAUGCGACUUGGGCACGCCAGACGCGCGACCGCCUCAUCGUCGAGGGCGCUGAUCCUGAUUCCAUCAUCCUCCAAAGCGAAUUAAGCAAUCAUAUCGUACGACGAGAAGGCGAGUCCUCUCUCGACUUUACGAAGCGUCACGUCGAGACUAUGAACGCCAUGAUCGGUCGCGGAAUUUCGAUUCUGAAUGAUGAGUGUACUGCUAAUGUGGUGGCAUCCGAAUUCCACACCGCAGAUGGAAGGAUUUUCGAUUUGGGCCCGGGAUCGGGUGUGACGAAGGGGGAGUUUCGAGAAUUUAGUCAGUGGUUCUCGGAGUCAUCGGAAGCAGGGCAGAUGUAUAAGGUGCCGGAGAAGUGGUUGAAGUUUGAGAAGCCAGCCGAAGGGAGAUCUGAAGUGUAA